UUAAUAGUAAUUCAAAAGCCAGCAAUAUAUUGUUGGACUUCAGUUUUGAUCAUUUUGUAGAUACACACACACAGAAGAUUGAUUGCCAAGAAUGAAUUCAGCAACCAUGGACCCAUGAAUGACUAUAAUUUUGAGUAGUUCACCAACAGAAAAGUUUUCGUACUCAACAACAGCCUUAACUCUUUAAUUAAGACAUGGGAAUAUUCACUCGAGCACCACCAAAUGAGGGAGGAUCACAACAACCAAACAAUGGGCAAGCCAAUUCAUCCUCCGGAGGAUCACAACAGCCAAACUUUGGGCAUGCCAAUUCAUCCUCCGGUGCCAUUAUGAGCCGUACAGGUUCACUAUCUUCUGUUUUUUAUUCAACUGAAAGAUUGAUGAGUUUUCCAAAAUAUGAGAAUCAAGUUGGUAAUAAUUUCCCUCUGAGCUCCCAGUUGUCCAGGAAUUAUGAUCUGCAUAUCCCACCAUAUCAAUCUUCCAGGGAUAUUUUUUACAUUAAUGUGCCAGAGCUUGCUGCUCCCAAUUCCCUAUCUCAAAAUUCCCAACAGUCAUCUGUGAAAUCUCACUCUUAUACCACUCAACACUGCACUUCUUCAGACAAGUCCUACAAAAGUCCGUCCAUUGAUCUUACUGAGAGCCAACGCGUUUUCCAGCUCAAGAACAAGCAGUCAUGUGAUCUUAUUGAGAUCUCAGAUAGGCAGCAUAUUUCAAUUCCUUUCGAUCAAAAUCAGCAUCUUAGAGCCUCAAAUAAUCUGAAUGGUUUUCAGUUUGAACUAUUGAGGCAGUCUGCAAUAUCUCCUGGAAAUGUUUCUGUUGCUUCUGAUCACUCUGGUCAUUUCAGAGCAGUUUUCCCGAGUAAAACACGAAUUAGAUGGACACAUAAUCUUCAUGAUCGGUUUGUUGAGUGUGUGAAUCGCCUUGGUGGUGCCGAGAAGGCAACACCAAAGGCAAUACUGAAGCUGAUGGGCUCAGAAGGAUUGACUAUGUUUCAUGUGAAGAGUCACUUGCAGAAAUAUCGAGCUGCCAAGUACAUGCCACAUUUUGCAGAAGCAAAAUCCGAGAAAAGGACUGACAUGAAUGAUGCAGUACAGAUUGCCACAAUAUUCAGUGGCUUGCAAAUCAACGAGGCACUGCAAUUGCAACUGGAUGUGCAGAGGCGUCUUCACCAGCAGUUAGAGAAUCAGCAAGACUUGCAAUUGAGGAUUGAAGAACAGGGGAGGCAGCUGCAGAUGAUGUUCAACCAGCAACAAAAAACGCGCGAGACCUUGUUUGAGAUGCAGAAUUCGGGUGUCAAAUCCCGGGAUGACCCAUCAACUAGUCUUGUAGACAUGCAAAUUUCAAUUCCUGAAGGUUCUGGAAAUACCCACCUCCAUUGAAGAUAAGUUAGCUGCCAAAAGCACAUAGGUACCGAUUAAUUUGACUUUUUCAUAAAUAAGCAAGCAGUCAUGGCCAUGGGGAUUCUAAUGAGAGCUCUUCCUACUACAGAAGCCACACUUGCUGCUAUAUAUAGAUAAGAAAACAAAAGCAAUGUAUUUACUACAUCCUUCCAAAGAAAAACAUGGUGAAUGUACCUAAAACUUCAAAUGAAAACAAUU